GGUCACACUGAAGGUGUGGGUGCGAGAAAGUCGUGUGAAAAAAAUUGAAUUGAAAACUAACAAAAAUAGUUAAUUUAAUAAUGUGCUCAGUGAUUUAAUAUAAAAUCUCUCCAGAUAUGAUCUCGUUCCAUAAAUUUUCAUAAAACAUAAUAAUAAUACUCAAACAACGCCCAAGGAGCAACAGUACCUGCGAAAACAAUAAUAGCAGCAGAGGUUGUUGAUUAAUUUCCUGUAUAAGCAUUUUUGCGAGAGCCGCUGCCAGAGUGCGGGAGAAUUUAAAUUUCAAAUUUAAAAGAGCAACAACUAUCAUUCCAGCUCAGUGAACAUGUUGUGUAGCAUAAAACCAUAAAAUCUCAACAAAGCUGUGUGAAAAAAAAAAAACAUUUUUCUUGUAAAAAACUCGCACGCAUAAACGCACAUAUACACACAAAAACCCAUAGUAGUACCUUAAACACGACGAAUCAUGUCCAGCUGGGCUGAACGCGUUCACCGACGCGCCGCCGAUCUUGGCAACGUGGUCACCUCCUGCGGCCAUCCGGCGACUGCGCCCGCCUAUCCCUAUCGCCUGGAGAAGGUGAAAUUCGGGGUAUCCCUGGAGGAGGUUUGUAAACACAACAACAACAUUCCAGCCCCGCUUCUCGUGCUCAUCUUGAAGCUUAACAAAGAGUCGCCCAACCGCCGCGACGUAUUCAGGGCUCCCGGUCACCAGGGGGCCAUGAAGAAGCUCAUCCACUUCCUUCAGGCGGGUCGGCUGGUCAAUGUCGACAACUAUUCGGUGUUCACCAUUGCCAGUGUUUUAAAAAAGUUUCUGCGCAAGAUACCAAAUGGUAUCUUUGGUCGCAACGGAGAGAUGGAGCUCUUUGCCAUCAACGAGUUGCAGAACGAAGCCGAGCAGACGGAGCGUUUACACAGACUGUUCGGUUCUCUUCCAAAGUACACACAACAUCUUUUGGUUCUACUGUUUGGCACAUUCCGAGUCAUAGCAAGCAAUGCGGCCCAUGCAUCCACUGGAAUGACCAGCGAGGCCCUGGGCGUCUCAGUCGCCCCCAGUUUCUUUCAGUCCUGUGUCAGCGACGGCAAAACUGCCCGUAUGGAGGAUGUUCUGAAGUUCAAGGUUGCUACGAAGAUCAUGCAGAAUAUAAUAGAUAAGUUUGCCACACACGAUAUAUUUGGCCGAGAGAACUAUGAAUAUUAUGCCCGCGUCACUGGACGCAUUCUAAAGGUGCAGGAUGAGUGGAUAUGCAGCUUUCAGUACCCCCCACCACCUCGUGGCAAGUUGGCUCAACAGAAAUACGCAUUACAACACUCUCUUGAGGCGGAGAAGACCUGGCUACAGUGCCAGUGCGAGCGUUGGGGCUUACUGGCCCAGGAGGAAUCCCGCUCGACACCCGCUCUGCUGACCAGCUCCAGUUCGGCCCUGGAGAACAGCGUCCUCUCGCUGGGCGUCUCCCCAGAGCACUCGUUCAUAGAAAGCUGCGCCCGUCUCUCCGUCUCGUUGGAGGGACCCGGAAUCUUUGCCAUGACCUCGUCCCCACUGCCAGCCAAGCGCCAGGGCAGCGGCAACGGUAAUGGGAGUUCCAACGGCAAUGCCACAGACUACGAUGACUAUGCCGACGAUGACGAAGACAAUGAUGAAUUAGACAGGGCUCAAGUCUUUCCCCCCGAACUGGAACUGAGCUGCAUUGAAAGAGCUCCCCCAAUAAAAGAGCAGGCGACGGCCCAGCUGCGGGCAAUCUAUCGCCAAAAGCAUCGUCAGGCCACAAAAAACUACGAGGACGACGAUGACGAGGAUGAGGACGAGAUGACCGUUGUGAAACGUCGCUAUCGCCAGAACAAGAAGAAGCCGGUGCCCAGCAAUAGCAGUAGCCACCACCAAAGACGCCUUCGCACCGGAACCAAGAGUCUCGACGGCAGCGGCGAUCGUCGCACUCCUGGAUGCUCCUCCUUGACUGCAGCUGUGCCCGAAGCCUCUGCCAUUUCCGGGGUUAGUCCAACGCCGCCCAAGCCAAAGCAGCGCACUUGUAGUCGCUGCAAUCGCGGCAUACGCCACAGCAGCUCCUGCAGUUCCAACUCAGCCGGACCAGCCGGCUCUAGUGCAGGAGCAACAUCGGGCACCGCAGGAGACGGCAUGACCAUGGAUGAGCUGAGGGCCGUCAACCGCUAUGCGGAGAGCACCAAGAGCCUCUCGUAUCUGCCACAGGUCCAUGAACGCCAAACCGCUCGAAUGCGCACUCGCUCUGAGUGGUUCCUGGGGCCUAGGGAUGCGGUCGUGUCACUGCAGAUCCCGGCGGACACGUGCAGUGACUGCUGCCUUGCCGCUGCCGCUGGUUACUUGGGUGGCGGCAGCACCCGGGACAUGCGCCAGGCCUAUGCGGAUGGGGACCGGAACCAGGCGGCGCUGCUCUAUCACUUCUACCGUAGGCAGCAGCAAGAGCAUGAACCCCCACUGGAGCAACUAUGGGGCGACAUGAUGGACACCGAAGAUAGCUACGGCCAUCAGAGGGAGCAGCAGCAGCAACAGAUACAUUCCAAAGUUCUUCUAAGACCCCCCCAGCAUCAUCCGCAUAUUCAACAGCAGCAGCCACGUCGCCAGCUGCUUGAUGUCAAUUCGGUUGGCAACAUCCGUUUGAGUAACAGCGCCGAGUCCAUACAGUAUGCCCGUCGUCCCCAUACCACCAACGUCAACUCCAGUCUCGGCGGCCAGCACAAUCCCGCACGGCGCCUGCUUAUUAAUGUGCCACGCCAGUACCGAUCAUCGUUGCGGCGGAACAAGGAGAAGCAGAUCGGAGGCAACAGUCAGAGCAACAGUAGCAAUAGCCUGGGCAGUGAUCAGUUGACCGCCGGAGCUGGACCAGGAAUUGGGACAUCAGCCAGUGUCAAUCAGGCACUGAACAGUCCGCUGUUGAUGGUGGGUUUGUUGCCGGCCACCGAGCAGCCAUCGUCGGUGCGCAAUUCCAUAGCAGAGUGUGGCGGCAGUGAUGAUAACGGCGUCAGGAUGGACACACUGGAGCACCAGCUGGGUGUCGAGUGCACUACACUGAGGUUUAAACCGCCUCGGCUGUAACAGGGAAAGGCACAUGGUAAAAUUCAGUAGGAGCAUAAGGAAAACGACACCGAAACCGCAUCCCUUCCACAGCUGCAACUAGGUUUACGUCUAACGAUUUUAAAAUGAAACUACAUUAGAAAAUACAUUUUUUUAUAUAUGUAUGUAUGUAUACUUCCAACUAAACACAUACAUGCAUACAUAGAUAAUGAUAAUUAUAUAUUUAUUGUGUAUGCAAGAAAAGGCUGAUUUUCUUUAGUUAAACAAACCAACAAAAGUGGAAGUAAAACCAAUUUACAACUAAAACUACUAAUACAUUGCAAAAAAUUGACAAAUUUUAGUCAAAGAUUAUUUUGUUUUUAAAUUGAUUGAUUCGUUUUGAUAUUCUGUUUUAACCAAAAAGAAACUCACUGAAACUUAAACAUUGUCAAGGUGAAUCCAAACGAACACUUUCCACCUGAUCGCAGACCGAAACAACGAUGCAAGAAGCAUGUCUAAACUACUCGUAUAUAUCAUCUGAACAAUCUAGCCAAUCGAUUUCGUAACUGAAAAUGAUAAUGUCUAAGCUCUUAAAAUCGAAUUAAAUCAAUUGAAGCUCCUUAAACGCAAUCAAAACCUACUUUACAGAUUAACAUUAAUUUUUGAUAAUGAUAAUUGGAAAAGCAAAACAAACCAAUCGAAAUAUAUUUUACCUCUAUAAUAAUUCUAGAAAGGAUUAUAGCAACAUAUGUUAGCAUUUAAAUCUGACUAAGCAUUUUCAUAUUAUACUUUUAAUGAGAUACUUGUAUACUUGCUUAAUGAGAACAACGUGUAAUGCCAAUAUUUAAAUUUUUUCAUCGUUUAUAUGUA